AAUCAGCGCUCGGCUCCUGGGCAUGUCUUCUCUUACGCUUUACUAUUUAAAUCUGCUCAAUUCCGUUCAUCGUCCUCACACCACCACCGGAGAAAAACAAAUUCCCAUCCAAAUUUCAAAUCCUUUGUCCAGCCCCAGCCCUAACCCUAAUCCCAGUUGAAUUCCCAAAUGGCGACUGAAGAAGUAGUUGUGGCAGUAGAGACGGUUCCGGCGGUUACUGAGCCGGAGGCUGCGGAAGAACCGGCGCCGGCGCCGGCGAAGGCCAAGAAGGAGGCGAAGCCGAAGAAAGCUCCUGCUGCUCCGAAGAAGAGAAAAGCUUCCACUCACCCUUCUUACAUUGAGAUGAUAACGGAGGCAAUAGUGUCGUUGAAGGAGAAGAACGGAUCGAGUCAGUACGCGAUAACGAAGUUUCUGGAAGAGAAGUACAAGGACUUGCCGUCCAACUUCAAGAAGUUGCUGUUAGUUCAAUUGAGGAAAUUGACCGCGUCUGGUAAGCUCGUGAAGGUUAAGAACUCUUAUAAGCUUCCGGCGAGCAAGACUCCUGCGCCAGCCUCGAAGCCGAAACCGGCUGUUGUUAAGAAGAAGCCGGCUCCUGCUGCGAAGCCGAAGGCCAAGGCGCCCGAGAAGAAGAAAGCCCCCGCGGCCAAGCCGAAGCCUAAGGCAGCCACGAAGCCGAAGCCGAAAGCUGCUCCUGCUAAGCCGAAGGCAGCGGUGAAGCCGAAAGCUGCUCCGGCUGCUAAGCCUAAGGCAGCUGCGAAGCCGAAAGCUGUGGUGAAGCCCAAGGCGGCUGCUGUGAAGCCCAAGGCGGCCCCGAAGCCGAAGGCCAAGGCGAAGCCACCGGCGAAGGCGGCUAGGACGUCGACUAGGACUAGUCCGGGGAAGAAAGUGGCGGCGGCUCCUAAGCCGGUGGUGAAGAAAGCUGCGGUUAAGAAGGCGCCGGUUAAAAAAGCUCCGGCAAAGUCGCCGGCGAAGAAAGUAGCUGCAACGAGGAAGAGGAAAUGAGGGGUGAGAGAGUAGAGGGUAGUGUUGUAAAUGUCUUGAUCUUUAUGGGUGUGUUUGGAUUCGUGCACCCAUACAAACAUAGCGUCUGAUCUUGUUUCUUUGCUGUUUUUCGUUUUUUUUAUAAUUCCUUUUCGAUUUAGGGCUUGUAGUUGUAAUCGAUUCUGAGGUGAUUCACAGUAUUUAGCUUGUAGUUCUUUCUAUGCGUGCUAAUUGGAGUUACUACAUUGUUGGUA